AUGGAAUCCGCCACCUCAUGGAAUGAUAAAGACUUAGAGUCAAAGGUCGUUGAUCCCGAAAAGACGCUUCCAACGCUGGAGCGCCGGGUGUCGGCGAGCACUCAGUCGAGCGAACCUGGAGUCGAAACUGACUAUGGCGCUGAUUCGGGAUUGAAACGAAAAUUAAGCUCUCGACACUUGUAUAUGAUUUCGCUGGGUACCGCCAUUGGUACAGCUCUUUGGUUAGGUUCAGGUGCUAAUCUCACAACUGCUGGACCAGUUGGUAUGUGGAUUGGAUUUUGGAUUGCUGCUUCCAUUGCUUGGGCUUUGAUGCAAUCCGUCGGUGAACUCACCGUCAUGUAUCCUGUUCCUUCUGCUUUUCCGCGUUGGAGUCAGAAUCUGGUCGAUCACUCCAUCGGGAUUUCCCAUGGUUGGGCCUUUUGGUUGUUGUACACUUUGAGUAUUCCAACAGAACUCGCCGGUCUCGUUACCGUAAUGCAAUUUUGGACCGAUAAAGUGCCACCAGCGGGUUGGAUUUCUAUUUUCCUCUUCAUCUUGGUCCUUUUAAAUGCUUUCCCCGUCCGUGUUUACGCGGAAACCGAAAGUAUCAUGUCCUUCAUCAAGUUUGCGUGGAUUUUUGUCAUCAUCAUCACUUCCAUUAUUAUUUCGGCUGGUGGUGCUCCCAAAGGUGAUAGUAUCGGUUUCCGAUAUUGGCGCCAAGCUCCCUUCACUCAUGGCUUCAAGGGUUUUUUGAAUGUCAUGCCCAAUGCCGUCUUCUCCAUGUCAGGUAUCGAAUUGGUCGGUAUCGCUGCCGCAGAGGCAAAAAAUCCCAAAAAGUCUGUUCCCAAGUCCGUUGGUUCUAUUUGGCUUCGUCUUGGUUUGUUUUAUAUCGUCGGUAUCUUGAUGGUCACCCUCAUUAUUUCACCUUAUUCCCCCGAUAUUUUUGGCGGAAAAGGUGCUAACGCUUCCCCUUUUGUGAUUGCCUUCCGUAAUGCCGGUAUUCCUGGUUUGAGUCAUGCCAUGAAUGCCAUCAUUCUCAUUUCUGUCUUUUCUGCUGCCAAUUCCGAAGUUUAUACGGCUCCAAGAAUCCUCGUUGGUCUUGCUGAAGUGAAAAUGGCACCCAAAUGGUUUUUACGUUGCGACCGACAAGGUCGACCCCUCUAUGGUUUUGCAUUCACAAUUUUGAUUUCCGGUGGUUUAGCCUAUUUAAAUGUAAAUCAAACUGGUUCCACCGUUUUCCAAUGGUUUGAAAGUUUGGUGUCCCUUUGCGUGUUGUAUUCAUGGAGUUGCAUCUUUUUGGCUCACCUUCGUUUCCGGAAAGCAUGGAAAGCUCAAGGCUUUUCAGCAAAUCAGCUUCCCUGGAAGUCCAAAUUUUACCCUUAUAGUGCAAUUUGGGGGAUUUCUUGGUGUAUUUUGAUUUGUAUUGUCGAGUUUUAUCUCGCUGUCUGGCCGCUUGGUCAACGAAGCAGUGCCAAGAAUUUCUUUGCUACUUACUUGUCCAUCGUCCUUAUCUUAAUUUUUUAUAUCGUAGCGAAGAUUUAUUACCGUGGACCUUUUUGGAAGAAACCUUCCUCGGUAGAUUUAAAUCAUGGUCGAAGGUUUUAUUCGAACCGAGCAACAAACAAUGACAAUGACAAAGACGAAGAUGAAGAUGAACUCUAUACUUUCGCCAAGUCUACAAUAGCAAAGGUUAUCCCCAAGAAAAGCUGA